AUGGCGGAUGCUGACGUCAAUGAGUUGCAACUUGUUGAUGAAAAUACAAUUGAGGAGUAUGAGAAUGAGGAUGAGUUCGAAAUUAGCCUAGGUGCUAAUAUAGAUGACGACACCUGUAGUGUUGAGGCUCCUGAUACUGCUACAUCAGGAUUGGUUAGGAUUUCAAAUACAGAAGAAGUCACUGUAGACAAUGCAAGUGUUAAUGAUUUAGCAAUAAAGCGGUUACGAGAUGUUUUUAACAAAAGGAAAUUGUUGGUUGUUGGAGGGAGGCUGUUUCAUGUUAGAUGUUGUGCACAUGUAACUAAUUUGUUGGUUAAAGAUGGGUUGACCGAAAUUAAGCCAAUUGUUGAUUGUGUUAGGGAUGGUAUUAAAUACCUAGUUGCAUCUGAGUCGAGGUUAUUGAAAUUUGCUGAGCAUGCAUCGAAUUUGCAAUUGUCUAAGAAAAAACUGUUUUUGGAUGUGCCUACCCGUUGGAAUAGUACCUAUAUGAUGUUGGCAACUGCACUUGAGUUUAGGGAAGUUUUCCCUUUGUAUAGUUAUAAUGAUAAUGUGUUUACUUGGGUGCCCUCAGAUGAGGAUUGGGUUAAAGUUGAAUAUGUGUGUGAACUCUUGGAGGUAUUCAACCGGGUAACCAAUAUUGUUUCUGGCAGUGAUUAUCCGACAGUUAACUUAUUCCUUCCUGAAGUUUGGCAGAUGAAGGAGGUCCUACAGAAGAAAUCUAAUGAUGAAAAUGAAUACAUUAGUUCCAUGGCACGCAAAAUGAGAAUCAAGUUUGAUAAAUAUUGGGGUGAGUGUAAUUUGUUGAUGUCAGUUGGUGCAAUUCUAGACCCAAGGUGUAAGAUGAUGUUGAUCAAAUUUUGCUUUCCAAAAAUCUACAAAGAUGAUGAAGCUAAAGAAAAUAUUAAGUUUGUUGAAAGUAAAAUGAAAGAAAUUUAUGCUAUGUAUGUCAAUGAGCACAAUGCAAACCUUGUGGAACAUGAUGUUCAUAAAAGCUCUUCACAUGGUGCUUCAAGUAGAAGUGUAAUUUCUGAAAAGAGUGAAGGUGGUAGGGAUUUGUUUGAGUCAUUCCUUAGAACUACUGAUUCAGUGCAGCAACCUAUUAAAUCAGACUUGGACACAUACUUGGAAGAAGGUGUAUUCAUACCUGAGAAGGGUGUGGAAUUUAAUGCAUUGGAAUGGUGGAAAGCCAAUACCUUGAAGUACCGUAUUUUGUCUAAAGUGGCCAAAGAUAUCCUGUCAAUCCCCAUUACUACUGUGGCUUCAGAGUCUACUUUUAGUGCUGGGGGAAGGGUUAUUGAUCCCCAUAGAGCUUCACUAGCACCUGAGACAGUGAAAAAAUUACUAUGUGGGGCUGAUUGGGUGAGAGCAAUGUAUGGGCUAAAAAGAGGUGGUUCGGUGGAGGAUACGGAUGAUGAUGAGAUGGUGGAGAUUGAUCUGCCAGAUGGAAAAUAA